CCGCACUUGUUCUAGAAAACGAAUACACAACCUAGAGCAUAAACAAGUCGAUACGACGGAAUUUCCCGCAUUAAAAUGUCUUGUAACAGCGUGAAGGCGUUUUUCAAACAACAAUACGGUUUCACACCAUGGAAAGAAUCCGAUACGCUUAUGUAUCGUUUACGAUGCAAACCGCAGAAUGCGUUCACUCAAUUGCUCAGCACCGCCGACGACGAAGAAUAUUUCCGAGACACGCCUAUCUUUGCUUGCAAAAGCGCAACGCAAGAAGGGUAUGAGCAUUUUGUGGCCCUGGCAAAUGAGGAUGGCAAACUAGCAGUACACGAUUGCGAAACUAGAGCACGAUAUGGUACAACAGCCCACAAUAACGCCAUCUUCGAUUUGUCUUGGAUGUUUGAUCAAAUGAAGAUUGUGACUGCAUCAGGGGACCAUACCUCGAGGCUCUAUGAUUUCGGUGAAGGCGAGAUCCGACAAGAACGGAUAUUUUGCGGUCACUCGAGAUCAGUGAAAACAGUUUCGUUUAGAAAAGACGAUUCGAGUGUAUUUGCCAGCGGCAGUCGGGAUGGGAAUAUAAUUUUGUGGGACACAAGGACUACCCAGAACAGUUUGAUUGGCAAAGCUGAUAUUACCAUAAUAAAUUCCCAUUUGGGCAGUGCGACCCCAAGCAAAUUGAAAAAGAAAAACGUUCCUACGAACUCGGGUAUCAAGAGCGUCACUGGGUUAGUGUUUCAGGAUCAAAAUACUCUAAUAUCGUGCGGGGCAGGCGACGGUGUAAUCAAAGUGUGGGACUUGCGGAAACAUUAUGUUUCCGCGAAAAGGGAAUCGACACCGAAAUUAGUUAUUCCUUACGCGGGCAGCAGCGCCAAAAAUGGGUUUAGUAAUUUAGUGAUUGAUGCUACGGGGAUGAAGCUCUACGCCAACUGUCUGGACAAUAACAUUUACUGUUAUAACGUCGCCAAUUGUAAUUACGAGCUGAUAAUGAGGUAUAGCGGGCAUCAGAACAGCACAUUUUACAUAAAGUCGGCCCUGUGCAAACAGGGGAAUUAUUUAGUAAGCGGCAGUAGCGACGAAAGUGCUUACCUGUGGAACACAAAAUACCCCACACCCGUCGUUAAGCUGUCCGGGCAUUGUGCUGAGGUGACUUGCGUGGCGUGGUGCUGCGGCAAGCUGAACCCGUCCCUGAUUACGUGCUCGGACGACAUGACGCACAGGAUAUGGACGGUGGAUCACGAGGAGAACUCGCACGAAGCAAAUCGCGGCCGUGCCGAAAUUUUGUCGGUCAAACUGGCCGUUUCUUCGCACCGCAAACGAGCGCUUCCGCCAUAUUGUCACGAAAACACUCCAAAAAAACUGAUCUCGCAGUGUCGUAACUGCAAAACCGCCACAUUCAAGGACGUCCUCUGCGAGAAUUGUCUGUCGACGUCAUCGUUGAAACGCAAGGCAAGCGAUGACGUCGAGGACGAAUCGGUCGGCCACAAAUUCAAACGGUCUAACGUGGGCGCGUUAUCCAAAAGGCUAUUCGGCCAUUCGAUUUGCAAUAAUCGCGCGCUCGACGACGAAAGUAUAAACUUGAAAUCAUUGGAUACCGCUUUGGAUUCGUUUGGCACCGCCCCAUGUUCACCCACUCUGAACCUACCGAAUUACGUGAUAGAUGGUGCUGCGCCCCACUUAAACUAUUCGCCGGCAAAACAGAAGAGUCCUGACUGGUUAACGAAGAUCAGGAAAGAGCGUCACCUGAGGCAAGAGAUGUUGGAUCGGACCGUCGGACCAUCGUCGCCCAAGAUACCCAGACUCGAAACAUUCGCGAGAGGUAAGCGGUCGUCGACGACGCCCAAGAGCCCACUGUUAAGGUUUUUUAAGAUGACUACAAGCACGGGCAGGUGCGACACCGCACUGAGAUCACCCAAGACUCAGGAUUUUGGGAGCUUGGCGUACAGAUUGAGCCAGUGA